AUCCCAAGCAGGACACCCAGCCCUGCCCCGCGGGAGGGCUCCCCAAGCCGGCGCUGCCCAGCAGCACCUGUGCACGGAGAGCGGCACGGGAGCCUGACUGUGGAGGGGAGUGGGUGGUGCAGGGCAGACGGCGGUAUAUCCAGUCUGACAGAGGGCGGGUCUCCUCAGAGCCAGGCGAGGGAGGAGGCAGCAAGUAGCAGCUGCCCCAAGCAGGUACGCCGUCGGGAUCCUCUAUGGGCAGAGGAAGCCUCUGAGAGCGAGACGAAGGACACGCUCGCGCCUUCCGCAGCAACUUUACUCAUUUCCAGUCCAGCGCCUACUUGCCGCUCUCUUCCCCAUUCCCAGGCUCUCGCCUCCAGCCACCAUGACCCUGAACCACUCUCCUCUGAAGACCGCCCUGGCGUAUGAGUGCUUCCAGGACCAGGACAACACCACGCUGGCUUUGCCGUCGGACCAGAAAAUGAAGACCGGCACAUCGGGCAAGCAACGGGUACAGGAGCAGGUGAUGAUGACGGUCAAGCGGCAGAAGCCCAAGUCCUCACAGUCCUCCAACUUGUCCUACUCCAACCGAGGUUCCAUGUAUGAUGGCUUGGCUGACAAUUACAACUAUGGGACCACCUCUCGGAGUACCUAUUACUCCAGGUAUCAGGCAGGCAAUGGCUCAUGGGGAUAUCCGAUCUACAAUGGGACCCUCAAAAGAGACACAGAUAAUAAACGCUUCAGCUCCUACAGCCAGAUGGAGAACUGGAACCGUCAGUACAACCGAGGCAACUGUAACACCAUUGGCCCUGGCAGUGACAUCUGCUUCAUGCAGAACAUCAAGACCAGUCGGAGUGAGCCAGACCUGUACUGCGACCCCCGGGGGACCCUGCGCAAGGGCUUUGGGGGCAAUAAAAACCAUAAGACCACCCAGAAUCGCUACAGCUUUUAUAGUACCUGUAGUGGUCAAAAGCCUGUUAAGAAGUGCCCUGUGCGCCCACCUUCCUGUACCUCCAAGCAGGAUCCUGUCUACAUCCCACCUAUCUCCUGCAAUAAGGACCUCUCCUUUGGCCACUCGAGGGCCAGCUCCAAGAUCUGCAGUGAGGACAUAGAAUGCAGUGGCUUGACUAUCCCCAAGGCUGUGCAGUUCCUGAGCUCUCAAGAUGAGAAGUAUCAGGCUAUUGGGGCCUACUACAUCCAGCACACCUGUUUCCAGGAUGAAUCUGCCAAGCAACAGGUAUACCAGUUGGGAGGAAUUUGCAAACUGGUGGAGCUUCUCCGGAGCCCCAAUCAAAAUGUCCAGCAAGCUGCAGCUGGAGCCCUCCGCAAUCUGGUCUUCAGAAGCUCCACUAACAAGCUUGAGACCAGGAGACAGAAUGGGAUCCCAGAGGCUGUGAACCUCCUGAGAAGGACUGGGAGCACUGAGAUCCAGAAGCAGCUCACUGGGCUGCUCUGGAACCUGUCUUCCACUGAUGAGCUGAAGCAAGAACUCAUUAAUGAAGCCCUUCCUGUUUUGACUGAUCGGGUUAUCAUCCCCUUCUCUGGCUGGUGUGAUGGCAAUAGCAACAUGUCCAGGGACACUGUGGACCCGGAAGUUUUCUUCAAUGCCACUGGCUGCUUGAGGAACCUGAGCUCAGCGGAUGCUGGACGCCAGACCAUGCGUAACUACCCAGGGCUGAUUGAUUCUCUUAUAGCCUAUGUCCAGAACUGUGUGGCAGCGAGUCGCUGUGAUGACAAGUCUGUGGAAAACUGCAUGUGUAUCCUGCAUAAUCUCUCUUACCGACUGGAUGCCGAAGUGCCCACCCGCUAUAGCCAUCUGGAGUAUAACCGCAAUUCCUACACUGACAAGUCCUCCACAGGCUGCUUCAGCAACAGGAAUGAAAAGAUGAUGAAUAACAACUGUGACCUACCUUUGCCUGAGGAGGAGACCAAACCCAAAGGAAGUAACUGGCUCUACCACUCUGAUGCCAUUCGCACUUACCUGAACCUCAUGGGCAAGAGCAAGAAAGAUGCUACCCUGGAGGCUUGUGCUGGUGCCCUGCAGAACCUCACUGCUAGCAAAGGACUGAUGUCCAGUGGCAUGAGCCAGUUGAUUGGGCUGAAGGAAAAAGGUUUGCCUCACAUUGCCCGCCUUCUCCAAUCAAGCAACUCUGAUGUCGUCAGGUCUGGAGCCUCCCUCCUGAGCAACAUGUCCCGACAUCCUGUGUUGCACAGGGCAAUGGGGAACCAAAUAUUCCCAGAGAUGACCCGUCUCCUCUCCAGCCAGACGGGCAACACCAGCAACUCAGGGGACAUCAUGUCUUCUGCUUGCUACACCAUGAGGAACCUGAUGACUUCAUUGCCCCAGAUGGCAAAGCAGCACUUCACCAGCAGCAUGCUGAACAAUGUGGUCAACAUGUGCAGGAGCGGUUCACCAAAAGCUGCAGAAGCUGCCCGACUCCUCCUCUCUGACAUGUGGUCAAACAAGGAGCUACAGGGUGUCCUCAGACAGCAAGGUUUCGAUAGGAAUAUGCUGGGAUCCUUAACUGGGACCAAUGUCCUAAGGAACUUCAGCUCUCGGUUCUAAGAAGAGAACAUCAUCACAUGUUCAACUUGCAGAAUUCAGUGACACAGCCAAGAAGACUGUAGAUCUUGCCUGAUGGCUUGGUCUGUCCACCCUUUGCAGUAUUUGGAAAAGUUAAAACUCAUUGAGAACAAAAUUUGAAAACUGUGGACAAUGGAGAUAUUUUUAAACAACUUUUUUCCCCCACCUUGGGAUUAUAGGCAAGGGGAUUGUGGGGUGGGGUGGGGUAGAAGCGGGAGGGAACUUUCCUGAGUUAAAGGGGCUUUUAUCUGAUGUCAAUAAUUCCUUCUCCAAAAGAUGGUAUAUAUAUAUAAAUAUAAAUAUAUAUGUAAUGUAUGCUUGAAUGUGUGCAUGUGUGUGUGCAUGUGGAUGUAUGCCUGAAAGUGUGAGCAGAAAGAGAAGAUAGGUACCCAUUUUUAUUACUGUAUGUAAAAGAUGGUGGAAAGGAUGCUUCUCUGUCUCUCACUUAUAGACAGAUAUGCAAUGUAAUGCUUUUGUGUUAGCUGUCUGUUACCUUCUAAAAUGCUUUAGUGUUGGGCAGAAAAUUCAUUCUACUUUUACCUGCCUCCAUCAUAAUCAAGUCUGCAGGCCUCUGACGUGAGCUGUGGGGAGGAAAAGGAGAUCCAGAGCAGAGUCCCAUGUCUGGCCAGGCAAUCCAUUGCUUGAUUUUGGCCCAGAAGGCUAAGCGAAGUUGGCUGCCACCUUGAGAGGACACUUUGAAUGGAGGGAGUUUAGCAUCAGCCAUUAUUAUGAAAAAGACCAGACCGUGAACUAUUUCCUGAAAUUCUCUUUGCAUGACAUCCCCAUGCCUUCUGUAUUUUUCUGUUCUUUUCUGUUCUCCAAGGGCCAGCUUUCAACAGGCUGUGGGACUCUCUGUAACACUCACUAAGGGGAUUGCUUUGGCUCAUGUUGUUUGAUGUUAGUGCUGGGGGUAUCGGGAGCUGAAGAGAUAGUUAUUACCAUCAUCCUAUGUAUAGGGCUGGGCUAGGUUGGGUGUCAUACAGAGAACAAAGCCAAUGGAUAUGGUCCUUGUCUUUGAGAAGUUUGAAAUCUAUGAAUUGCUGAAUGGAGAUGGAGAAAAAUACUGCUAAAAGGUCAGACAAGAUACUGAUCAGGCAAGAGCAGGUUUUUUUUUUUUUUAAUUUCCUCAGCAAAAGAAGUUCCAGCCUGAAUGUCAUAAUAGGAGGCAGCUUUCCAAAUAGAAUGAGUGGGGAAAGGUAGGGGUGGCUCUCAACAGAACUUACGGCUGUCCAGAUGAGUUGGGCUGUGAGAAUGUUUGGGGUAAAGGCUUCAUCGGCAUAGCACUACUGACUCCAAGAGCCAGGAACCCUUGAAAUGGUAUUCCAAAAAGGAGGAAAAGGAGCCUGGCCAUACUAGAAGAAAAGAACAAUGCAGCCCAAAGGGCAAAGAAUUCCAGCCCCGUUCAGAAGUCAUUUCAUCCACUUACUUCCAGUUAGCACUGAGCCCUCCAUAAAGACUGGUAUCUCAUAAAUUCUGAGAGCCAACUCACCUACCUGCCAAGGAUGAAUGUCUGCCAAGGAAUCUCUUCCAAACACCUCUCUUUACCAGCCAAUCUUUGUGUCCUAUCCAAAAAUGGACUGGACUCCCUUGGCAAAUAGUGAUUUCUCCAUCACUGAUGGUCUUCAGGCAGGAACUUCCCAUUUGGGGAGGAAUAUGGUUCAAAUGGGGAGGCGAACUAAACUUUGAAGUUCAUCCUGAAUUCUACAUUUCUAUGUCAUAGAUUUCCCAGGACAAAUACCUUUGGUUAGGUGGUAGAUCACGUGAAAGACCAUUUCCUUCCUUCCUUUCCCUUUCUCUGAGGCCUUUCUCCCCAAGCAACCAGGGCCAGGUAUUGGUUUCAGAGUAUUGAAUAUUUGGGAUGAUCAUAAUAAUCAUUAUUUCAGACUGAUGAGAUGUUGGGGAAAGACAAUGAGGAGAAUAAAACCAGACUUAGCCAAUAUAAUUUUUUAAAAAUUCUUACCUUCCAUCUUAGAAUCAAUACUGAUUCCAAGGCAGAAGAGCAGUAAGGUCUAGGCAAUUGGCAUUAAGUGACUUGCCCUGCGUCACACAGCUAGGAAGUGUCUGAGGUCAAAUCUGAACCCAGGACCUUCCAUCUCUAGGCCUGGCUCUCUAUCCACUGAGCCACCCAGAUGUCCCUCCCAUAUAAUUUGGCAUUGAAUUUUCACAUUAAUUUGGUAUCCUUUAGCACUAAUCAAUUACUAACCUGCAGAUUAGUCUUCCUUGAGCACCCCCUCUUGUACCCCUCCUUAGUUACAAUCCUGGCCUGGUGUGUUCUUAAAUAUAGAUAUCAGGAUGACACCUUUUACACGCACUCAGGACCAAAAUCAACGUCUUGUGCUGGGCAGUCGUGGGAGCAUCUAAAGGAGAGCAAAGAUGAUUAUUACCCUCAUAAACCUCCCAGUCUGAUAAAAUGAAACAUACACUCAUAUACACAUACACAAACACGAACACAGAUGCAGAGACUGAGAAAUAUAGGAACAAUUUAAAAUAAGCAGAUUGUACAUCUAAGACAGACAUUUCCAUCCUCUAGGGCCAUGUUGGUGAACUGCACACAUGCAGAGAAGGCUGAUCCCUUCCCUCUCUCCACAUGCCUCUGAAGACAUUUCUCACAUCACUGCCCCUCUGCCCAGUAGCCCAAUGGGAUCACUUCCUCCCUUCUUUGUUUGGAGUAAGGUGGGGGGCACCCAUGAAGUGUAAGGGUUGCAAUUUGGGCACUCGGUCUCUAAAAAGUUCACCAUCACUGCUGUAGGAAGUUCUACUUUUCCUAUCAUUGCCCUGGGAGAAAUAGCAACCACAAGGCCCAUUUAGCUUUUCCCCGAGUUGAGAGUGUAGUAUGAUUUCUGGCUCCUUCUCCCUUUGUCCUGUUUAACAUUGCCUCAUAUAAGACAAAAAAGAGUUUCUUCUCAGAAAGCAACUAGCACCUUUCCCUCUGAUAUAUUAUUGGCAAUCCAGAGUGGACAAUGGGUCAAAAUCAAAAUAGUUCCCCUGAGUUAUUUUUCUUGUUGUUUGAGGGAGGGGAAAGAAAAAAUGGCAGCCUAAAGAGGCCUGACUGUAUGAUGGCUGUCGCUUUGAUUGAGAGCAUAUCUGGGGAAAGGAGCUCAUAAUGAGCUAGUCACUUGUCUUCUAUGGGACUUGCUUUUCUCCUCUCUAAAAUGGCAGCUAUGGAGGAGUAGAAUGGAGAAGUAAAUGACAAGAAUGGCCCAGUUCUAAAUUAUAUGAGUUCAAGAGUUUCCAAAAUUGCCUUCUAGAAAGGAAUGUACCCAGUCUUUUCAUUCUAGGUCUUUGGCAUUUUGAGGUGAAAUUAUCCCCAUAUCUACGACACUUUUAUUAAGCAAGAUUUUCUAGAUGAUACUCUUUCUUUGAGGCAAGCUCUUGGAUAGAAACCUUCAUUAACUUCUCCUUCCCCACCUCUACACCUCCUGCCCAACUCCCACAUUGGCAUCCCUUGGGAAUUUAGAUUAUAGCCUGGAUGAGGGACUGAUUCCAUGCAUGGGGCAGUGAGAUUGCCUACAUUUCCAUUUUUCCCCAUUAAAGACUUGAUAAGUCAACAACACACUUCCUACUGUAGAUGUGUGUAGUGAUAGGAAGAAGGGAUAUAUGUGACUGGAGGUAUCCUUGGGUGUUCUGUGGGAAACUUUGAGGCAGCUUUUGUUCUCCUGCUUCUGGACAUAGCUAGUUAUGGCUGUCCCCUAUUCCCAAAAUAAACCAUGUGAAUUUCUUGUGUGAGGAUCCUGUGGUUUCUCUGUAUGGCGCUCUAUGUAUUUGCUUUUUUAAAAAAUAGUAAAUCAAUAAACUGCUGGAGUUUCUUUGAA